UUUUUAGAGUGGCCCGUUCAUUACGAGAUCCACGCCGAGACAAGGGUUGUGGAGAAGCCGUUAGGCACUCCAGGAGCUCAGGGCCUCCCGGACUGACGCCGCUUCUUCCAUCUUCCCUAAUGGCGAACAGCAUCCAGAAACCCAGCCCCUCUGAGACGCACUCCACCUCCCGCAAAUUGCAGGUUCUGUGGUCGAAGAAGAAAACCAAGCCCCCUCUUCUGCCUCCACUCCAACCACAAGCUGGCAGCGGUGGCCACAAUAAAAGCAAAAUCAAGACUUUCGCCAAGUUCCAGCCAGUGUCAUACCGCAAGCCCACCAUGGCGGCAACACGCCAGCCAAGGACCCACCUGGACCCAUUCGCCAGGGAGACCACAGAUGGAGGGAAGACCCAGGCCCAAAUACGGCUGACUAGGACGAUGCUCAGGAACCGACGGGCAGCACUGCAGGAGCUCAGCAACCAGGAGCACUUCCUGUCCAAGCUGAAUGAGGAGCUGAUGAGGACCAUCCAGGACAUGGAGGACAGCACGGCGUUGAGCGUGCGGGAGAUGCUGCAUCAGCAGGACACGCUCGCAAGCGUCGUCAACAUCCUGGAGUACUCCAACCAGAGGAGGCUGCAGCAGCUCAAGGCUGAGUUUCAGGAAUGGCAAGACCAGGAAAAGCACAAGAUAAGCUGCCUGGAGCAGCAGGUGCGACAUCUGGAUGCACAGAACUGGAAGAUCCAAGACCAGGUGCACUUCCUGAGCACAUACAUGGAUCACGAGUAUCCCGUCAAGCUGGUCCAGAUUGCCGGCCUCGGGCGCCAGCUGCAGCAAGCCAAGGAACACCAGCAGGACGAGUUGAAUGACUUCAGCAAGAUGCGCAGGCAGAUCUUGACCUCUGUGUGGGCCAAGAUCCGAGAGAAGCACCAAAGGUCUCUGAGGUUGCUGGUGGCGAAAACCCAGCGUCCCCACGAAGAGGAGCUGUUGCGGAAGAUGCUGGAGAACAGGUUCAUGCAGAAGUGCUCCAGCAGGUUCCGAGAGUUUAUCUCAGAGUUUAAGAGACAGAUACCUGUUCUGAGGACUGAGGUGAGGGCGUUGCAGGCCCAGAUGUGGAACCCCCGGGAGAUUGUAUUUGAGGACAUUCUGCUCCGGACACCCAAGUGUACCCCAGACAUGGACAUCAUCAUCAACAUCCCUGUGGAGGAGGAGCUGCCCUUCUAGGCCUCAGCCUCGCCCUGCACCACCCCACCCCUCGCUGCUUCUCUCCCUACUCCGCUCCCCUCCCUGCUGGCUGCCUGGCCCGUGGAGUCUUGAGUUGUUUCCCUCCCAGCCCAGCUGGGUUCUUCUUUCAGACCCUGGGCCCUGCAAUUCCCUCUUCUUUCCCUCCCUCCCUCAGUCCUGCCCUACCUGCUGUGUUCUCUCUGUCUCUGUCUCUGUCUCUGUCUCUCUCCCUCCCCACACCCUCUUCC